UGGCAAACCCCCCAGGAGGGGACGCCACUUGAAUUCGACUUCGCGUCUCCAACUUGUAACUAUCGACUGUAUCGGCUGGACGCAUUGAAAGUGCGCGCUGGACGGGGCACUUUUCUCUCGCACUGAUUAGGUACAUAACAAUACCCACCGUACCUACCUUACAUAUCAAUAUAUAUCAGCCGCUGUUUCCCGUUGCCAUCCAGCUUUUGGCAAACCAUCUCGCCACACACUCACGGAUUUCGAAGAGGAAUACGACCGUGAAGUUAAUUUACCAAGAGAAACAACUACCAACUUGCCGGGUGGGGUCUCAACGAGCACAAAUCCAGGGACCUUGCAGUCGGGGAAUAGGGUCACAAUGACUCCCUCCGCUGUUCUUCCCCAGCAGCCCGCCAAAGUGCCUCCCGGGGCACUAACUACAGACUUCGACGACACCAUUCGCUUCUACCUCAAUGGUACCCGCGUGGUGCUGGACGACAUUGAUCCCGAGGUUACACUACUGGAAUACCUCCGGGGCAUUGGUUUGACGGGCACCAAGCUUGGCUGCAGCGAAGGAGGUUGCGGCGCCUGCACAGUUGUCGUCUCGCAGUACAACCCGACCACGAAGCGGAUCUACCAUGCCAGCGUCAACGCCUGUCUUGCCCCGCUCGCCUCAAUAGAUGGCAAGCAUGUCAUUACGGUCGAGGGCAUCGGCAACGUUCAGCGGCCCCAUCCGGCCCAGGAGCGCAUUGCAAAGGGAAACGGCUCGCAGUGCGGCUUCUGCACCCCGGGCAUCGUCAUGAGCUUGUACGCCCUUCUCCGGAACAACGACGCACCGACCGAGCACGAUAUCGAGGAGGCCUUUGACGGGAACCUGUGUCGCUGCACCGGGUACCGGCCAAUUCUCGACGCGGCGCAGACGUUCAGCGUGCGCAAAGGGGCAGGGGCGGUAAAUGGGUGCGGGAACGCCAAGGCGAACGGGGGCAGCGGGUGUUGCAUGGAGAACGGCAAUGGCGGCGGAUGCUGCAAAGACGGCAAGGUGGACGGUGUCGACGAUCAGCCCAUCAAGAGGUUUACUCCUCCAGGCUUCAUUGAAUACAAACCGGACACGGAGCUCAUCUUCCCUCCGGCGCUCAAGAAGCAUGCGUUCAAGCCGCUGGCUUUCGGGAACAAGCGCAAGAAAUGGUUUCGCCCGGUGACCCUGGAUCAGCUACUCGAGAUCAAGAGCGUGUAUCCGGACUCCAAGAUUAUAGGCGGCAGCACCGAGACCCAAAUCGAAAUUAAGUUCAAGGCCAUGCAAUAUCCCGUCUCGGUAUACGUGGGGGACAUCCCGGAGUUGCGCCAGUACUCCUUGAAUGAGGACCACCUGGAGAUUGGCGGCAACAUCACGCUAACAGACCUUGAGGGUGUCUGCCAGGAGGCUCUGAAGCACUACGGAGAAGCCCGGGGCCAGAUCUUCAAAGCCAUCCACAAGCAGCUCAAAUACUUCGCCGGCAGGCAGAUCAGGAAUGUCGGCACACCAGCCGGAAAUUUGGUCACCGCGUCCCCCAUCUCUGACCUGAACCCCGUCUUCAUGGCCGCGGAUGCUGUCUUGGUUGCAAAGACUCUGGAGAAGGACAUUGAGAUACCCAUGGCCGACUUCUUCAAGGAUUAUCGCCGAACAGCGCUGCCUGCCGACGCGGUCCUCGCUUCCAUCCGCAUCCCGCUCACACAGGAGAAGAACGAGUUCUUCCGAGCCUACAAACAAGCGAAGCGGAAGGACGAUGACAUUGCGAUUGUCACAUCGGCUCUGAGAGUUCGUCUGAGCCUUGAUGGGGUUGUCGAGCAGGCCAACCUUGUCUACGGCGGCAUGGCACCAACAACAGUGGCGGCUAAGCAAGCAAACUCGUACCUAAUCGGACGCAAGUUUGCAGAGCUGGAGACCCUCGAAGGGGCCAUGAACGCUCUUGGUCGGGAUUUUGACCUCCAGUUUAGCGUCCCCGGUGGAAUGGCCUCGUACAGGAAGUCGCUAGCUCUCGGCUUCUUCUACCGCUUCUAUCAUGAAGUUAUGCAGUCGCUCGGGGCAGACGCCGAUGCGGAAGCCGUCCCGGAGCUUGAGAGGGACAUCUCCACCGGGAAGGAAGACCACACGGUGGCUGCAGCUUACAUGCAAGAGACGGUUGGGAAGUCCAACCCACACGUGGCCGCCCUGAAGCAAGUGACUGGCGAGGCCCAAUACACGGACGACAUCCCUCCCUUGAAGAACGAGCUCUACGGCUGCCUUGUUCUUUCGACCAAAGCGCAUGCCAAGCUUAAGUCAGUCGACUUCACCCCGGCGCUCGAAAUCCCCGGUGUAGUAGACUAUGUCGACAAAAACGACAUGCCGAGCGCCCGGGCGAACCGCUGGGGUGCGCCUCACUUCCAAGAGACCUUUUUCGCCGAAGACGAAGUGUACACGGCUGGUCAGCCCAUCGGUCUGAUUCUCGCAACUUCGGCGGCACGCGCGGCCGAGGGUGCUCGUGCCGUCAAGAUUGAGUACGAGGAGCUACCCGCCAUCUUCACAAUAGAAGAGGCUAUUGAAAAAGAGAGCUUCUUUGAGUACUUCAGGGAGAUCAAGAAGGGCGAUCCCGAGGAAGCGUUCAAGAAGUGCGAUUACGUCUUUACCGGGACUGCCAGGAUGGGCGGACAGGAGCACUUUUAUCUGGAAACAAACGCCUCGGUUGUGAUCCCAAAGCCUGAAGAUGGCGAAAUGGAGAUCUGGUCGAGUACACAAAACCCCAAUGAAGCCCAAGCAUAUGCCGCACAAGUUUGCAACGUCCAGAGCAACAAGAUCGUGGUCAGGGUCAAGCGAAUGGGCGGAGGUUUUGGCGGCAAGGAAACUCGAUCGAUUCAACUGAGCUCCAUUCUCGCGUUGGCAGCAAAGAAGACCCGCAGGCCGGUCCGCUGCAUGCUCACACGAGAAGAAGACAUUGUCACCUCUGGCCAGCGACAUCCCUUUUUGGGGAAAUGGAAAGUAGGCGUGAACAAGGACGGCAAGAUCCAGGCCCUUGAUCUUGACGUCUUCAACAACGCCGGCUGGUCCUGGGAUCUCAGCGCCGCCGUGUGCGAGCGUGCCAUGACACAUGCCGAUGGCUGCUACAUGAUUCCCAAUAUCCACGUGCGCGGCCGCAUCUGCAAGACCAAUACCGUAUCCAACACGGCAUUCCGAGGGUUUGGCGGGCCUCAGGGAAUGUUCAUCGCCGAGACGUACAUGUCCGAGGUCGCGGACCGGUUGGGCAUGCCCGUCGAGAAGUUCCGCGAGAUCAACAUGUACAAGCCGGAGGAGCUCACGCACUUCAACCAGCCUCUGACCGAUUGGCAUGUGCCCCUCAUGUACAAGCAGGUCCAGGAGGAGGCGGACUACGCCAACCGCCGGGAGGCCAUCACCAAGUUCAAUGCUGAGCACAAGUGGCGGAAGCGCGGGCUCGCCCUCAUUCCCACGAAAUUCGGCAUCUCUUUCACGGCCCUCUGGUUUAACCAGGCUGGCGCGCUCGUCCACAUCUACCAUGACGGAUCCGUCCUUGUCGCCCACGGCGGCACGGAGAUGGGCCAGGGCCUACACACCAAGAUGACUAUGAUUGCUGCUCAAGCUCUCAACGUUCCCAUGGAAGACGUCUACAUUUCCGAAACAGCCACUAACACCGUCGCCAACGCCUCGGCCACUGCCGCGUCCGCCUCCUCUGACCUCAAUGGGUACGCCAUCUACAAUGCUUGCGCCCAGCUCAACGAACGCCUAGCCCCAUACCGAGCCAAGCUCGGCCCCAAGGCAACCAUGAAAGAGCUCGCCCACGCGGCCUACUUUGACCGCGUCAACCUUUCGGCACAAGGCUUCUACAAGACUCCAGAGAUUGGCUACACCUGGGGCGAGAACAAGGGCAAGAUGUUCUUUUAUUUCACCCAGGGCGUAACAGCUGCCGAGGUCGAGAUAGACACCCUUACGGGCUCCUGGACCUGCCUGCGGGCGGACGUCAAGAUGGAUGUCGGCCAGUCCAUCAACCCGGCCAUCGAUUACGGCCAGAUUCAGGGCGCCUUUGUCCAGGGUAUGGGCCUCUUCACCAUGGAGGAAUCCCUCUGGCUGCGCAACGGCCCUCUCAAGGGCAACCUCUUCACCCGCGGCCCGGGCGCUUACAAGAUCCCCUCGUUCCGGGACAUCCCCCAGGUGUGGAACGUCAGCAUUCUCAAGGACGUCGAGUGGAAAGACCUGCGGACAAUCCAGCGGAGCAGGGGCGUGGGCGAGCCACCGCUCUUCAUGGGCAGUGCCGUGUUCUUUGCCAUCCGGGACGCGCUCAAGGCGGCCCGCGCGCAGUACGGCGUGGAGGCCAAGGUGGGCGUGGAUUCGAAAGGGGAGGAUGGAGAUGGGCUGUUGAGGCUGGAGAGCCCGGCGACGCCAGAGAGAAUCAGGCUGGCGUGUGUCGACCCCAUCGUCGAGAAGGCGCGGGUGAAGGCGAAGGAGGGAGAGAUGAGCUUCUUCAUCGCUAUUUAACCAAGGUGAAGGAGAUGGAGGGAACAGGGCACACAGUGAUGAUGAUUAAGGUUGUUUUCCCUGGCUUGGUAACACGGCCUUUCUUUGGUACAACAGCCGGCGCUGCUUUCGGUUGUGAAUGCUCAUGUUCAACUUGGUACAGCUGAUAUGAAUGUAUGUACAGUACAUAAUUACCGUAAGCCUUUUGAUCUUUUGCGCCACUGUCUUAGUAUAUGAGAGAAGUUUGGAAAAUUGCAAUCGGCAAGGCAUUUCGUUAACGUCCGUACAUGCAUUUUAAGCCUCUAGUUGAUGUCUACCAUCACGGCCCAAAGCUGACUGUAAUCUCGCCAACUCUCGAGUAUUUCGGUCACGCAAGCGUAUGUUUUAACUGGUAGUAUACAGC